AUGUCUAAAGACUCCAGUGCAAACAAGGAAGGAUCUAAUGAUCCCAGAUUUGCGAGUGUUCAUAACGACCCAAAAUUCAGAGAGACCAAAGCCAGAAAGUAUAAAAUCAAGCUGGAUGACAGAUUUAGCAAGAAAGAUUUAGAGUUCAAGCGUAAGGCCAGAGUAGACAAGUAUGGUAGACGGUUGCACGAUGAAGAUAGCAAGGAUACGAAAGAUUUUGAAAAAUAUUACGAGAAGGAAGAAGAGCAAAAGCUAGAAGAAAGCAGUAGUGACGAAGACAAUGUGGUCGAUGGCAAGGUCGCUGAAAAAGGCUUGCUUUUGGACAGGGCCCGCGGGGAAGUGCCCAGUGAUUACGUUUCCUCUGCAGAUGAAGGGUCGUCUUCUUCUGAAUCUGAAGCGGACACCGAAGACAGUGACGUCGAGGGCGAAGAAUCCGAAGUCGAAAUCGAACAAAGCAAGCCCGAAUCAGGAGAAAGCAGCAAGACGCUAGCGGUUGUAAACUUGGAUUGGGACCACGUCAAGUCGGAAGAUCUGAUGAUUACCUUCACCAGUUUUGUUCCCAAGGGCGGUAAAAUUGUCAGGAUCGCAGUCUACCCUAGCGAGUUUGGUAAAGAGAGGCUUCAACGUGAAGAACUCGAGGGCCCACCGAAGGAGAUUUUCAAGAGCAAAAAGAAGAGUAAGAGCAGUAAAGGUGACGAUAGCGACUCCGAUGUGGACGUUAAAGAUCUGUAUGAAGAAGGCGAUGCUGAAGACUACGACGUCAAAUCAUUGCGUCGCUACCAGUUGGAAAGACUCAGAUACUACUACGCUGUGGUUUACUGCAAUAAUGUCGAAACUGCUGUAGCUAUAUACAAGAACUGCGAUGGCACUGAGUUUGAAUCCACCGCCAACAUGUUUGACCUCAGAUACGUUCCAGAUGAGAUGGAUUUUGACGAUAAACCUAGAGACGAGUGCUCCAGUAUGCCAAAGAAUUACAGGCCUGCGCUAUUCAGCACAGAUGCACUCCAGCACUCCAAAGUGAAGCUGACUUGGGAUGAAACUCCGGCAGAUCGUGUCGCUAUGGCUAAGAGAGCAUUUACGCAAAAGGAAGUUGACGAAAUGGACUUCAAAGCGUAUUUGGCCUCUGAUAGUGAAGAUUCGGAACCGGAAGAUAAUCAAGAUUUGAAGAAUAAACUUAGGUCGCUGGCAAACCUAUCAGCUCAAGUUGGUAAUAAGUCUCUCUUUGACAAGGAAGCCGAAGAAGGAGAGAGUGAUGUGGACAUGCAAAUUACGUUUGCACCUGGCCUUGCAGAGGGUGGUGGAGAUGCCGCUGAAGGUGCAGAGGACAAAAUUGAGGAGAGUACAGUUGAUAAGGUGAGACGCAAGGAAAAAGAACGUAAAAAGAUGAGAAAGGACAGAAUUAAGGAACUCAAGAAAAAGGCUGAGGACGAUAAAAGACAGAAGCUCAAAGAGUUGAAGACAAAGAAACAUUCACCUGUUGAAGAGGGUGACAGCAAGUCUGCUGCCGAACUAGAGCUGUUGAUGAUGGACGACGAAGAGGAUUCCUCCAAGAUAAACAACAAGGCACACUUCAACAUGAACGAAAUUGUGAGGUCCGAAAAGGAAAAGGGCAAGAAGUCGAAGUACCAGGACAAGAGGAAGAUCACCGAGGAUGAGUUCAAACCAGAUUUGAACGAUCCUAGAUUCAACGAAGUAUUUGAAGACCACGAUUUUGCCAUUGAUCCUUCGCAACCCGAGUUCAAAGGUACGACUGCCAUGAAGCAAAUCUUGCAAGAGAGAAACAAGCGGUCAUACAAGAGCAAAAACAAAAAGAGAAGUGUUGAUGACUUGGCCAAAGACACUGGUUCCGAUCUCAAAGGACUAGUUAGCAAGAUUAAACGGUCUUCCAAUAUCAAAAAAAUGAAGAGGCAAAAUAAGUAA